AUGGCGUUGGUAGAUUACUCUUCCUCUGACUCGGAGCCUGAAGCUGGGGAAGCGGCAUCUGCGACUAAAAGGCAGAAGACAUCGCAUGGCGGGACAUCAGUGGACUCAGCUGCGCUCCCACCGCUCCCCGAUGCGUUUCACGACCUAUACGCGUCUACCGUGCGGGUGAGCACAUCCGACGACCCAACGCUGCAUCAGGGCCGUAAACGCGUAAAUCCGCAUAGAGUCGGUAGCUGGCCGAGCCAUCUAUAUAUUGAGUGGCAUCCCACAACCCCCCAGCGCAAUGCUCUCUCCACCUUGCUUUCAGAUCUCCAGAUAGCACUCACGCCGCUAUCAGUGAGUAUCACGUCCUUCCUGACGUCGGACCUAGACACUCCGCAGCCGCUGCACAUCAGCCUAUCGCGGCCCAUCGUGCUGAGCACAGCGGAGAAAGAUGAUUUUCUAGAGCAGCUAAUCGCACGUAUCAAGAGCAGCAAUGUAGAGCCUUUUGAUCUCGCGCCACGGGGUUUGGAAUGGCAUCGCACGACUGAGUCAGAGCGCUCGUUCUUGGUGCUUAGGGUGGGAAGUUCUGCUUCUGCCCCGGAACCUGCUCCUGCCCCCACAGCUGGCGGAGAGGAGGAUAGCAAGAGUAAUGAACGGAAAGGAAAAGGUAAAAGGAAGGGGAAAGGGAAAGGAGGAGAAAGCAGCUCUAAAGCAGAUACAUCUACCGCCGACUCCUCAAAUAACCCACCUCCAUCUCCAACGCAGCAGCCGCAUAACCCAGAACUAGCAGCGCUCCUGCAGCGAUGCAACGUUCUUGUGCAAGAACACCAACAACCACCUCUCUACGCCUUCUCCGGCGGCAGCGACGACGCCUUCCACAUCUCCAUAGCGUGGUCCUUCGCCACACCCUCCUCCGACGUCAAGCGCCAUACCGAGCGUGUAUUCGCAGCCAGUCCGCAAGCCGAAGUGCUGGCGAUGCGCGUUCCGGUGCGCGGUGUGAAGGCUAAAAUCGGGAACGUGAUUACGCAUGUUGAGCUGCCGGUGCGUGGGAAGAGAGGGGUCGGGGAGGGAUAG